GUCUCACUCUCUCUCUCACUCUGUUCUGUUUUUUCCCCCAAUUCUUCUUUAAUUCUAGAGAGAGAAAGAGGAGAGAGAUGGUGGAUGAAUUCAUGGUGUGUGUUGAUAGGCUAAUAGCAUCAGCUUGCUUUGAGUCUGUCAAUGAGAGAGAAAGACCCUUGAGAGGUGCUAGUGGUGGUGAAGUAGUGAUUGAUAAUGAUCUGUUGUCCUCUGUUAAUAAUAGCGGAGUGGUCUUUGUUAAGAACAGCAAUGGUGGAGGUGUGGGUUGUUCAGAAAAGGUUGUGAGAGAGUGUAGGAUUUGUCAGGAGGAAGAUGAAGAGCAUCAGAUGGAGGCUCCUUGUGCCUGCAAUGGCACUCUCAAGUUUGCUCAUAGGAAGUGCAUUCAAAGAUGGUGCAACAAGAAAGGUGAUAUCACCUGUGAAAUUUGCAGUCAGGUCUAUUCUCCAAAUUACAUUCUUCCACCAAAGAGCAAUCCUGAGGUUAUGGCCAUUGAUAUUAGGUAAUUGAAGAAGGCUACGUCACACCUAUAACUUUCUGUUCUGAACUCAAUUUUUAAAUUUGUGGUUCUUUAAUGGGAUAUAUCCUCCAAUUUCUUUGAAAGUUAUCUGCACUUCAAGGUCUUUUAGGAAAAUUUGCUUCGGAGAUUCAUUUUCAUUUGUUUAUAAAUGAUGCUCUAGUAGGUUGAUGUACAGAUUGUGGAAAGAAAAUACUGAAAGCUAUCAUAAUGAU